UAGGGUAAAUACCUAAAGGUAAAAUUGCUGGAUCCCCAGGUAUACAUAUCCUGGCGAAGGUCAACCCAUUUUCCAAAAUGGUUGGUUGCAUCGGUUCUCACUCCCGCCAGCAGAAGGUGAGGGUUCUUCGCCCUACAUCUUCCCCAGCACCUGGACGCUGCCAGACGUUUCAACUUAGACCUUUUCGACUCAACUUACGGUAAGUGCGGUAUUAUCCAUUGCGGUUUUAAUUGGUCAUCUUCUGAUUAUUAAUGAAUUAAAACACCAUUUCAAUACACAGAUAUCGGCCAUUUAGAUUUCUCUGGUGUUUGUGAAAUACCUUUCCAUCUAUCCAUUCUUUAAUAGGACUCCUUUUCUUCUUGAUUUGUAGGAGUUCCUCGCCUAUCCUAGCAGUUUUAUUUGUGGCAAAUAAAACCCCCGGGCGGCCUCUGCCCUCCGGCACUGGGAAGUCCAGGCGGCGAGGCAGCCUCUCAGGGGGCGCCAGGGCUCCUCCGGCUCUGCCCCGAUGUCGUUAUCACGGCCAUUUGCAGCUCCGGGCCAGGACCAGGGGUGCGGUUCGCGACGUGGGGUCCUCGGUGGGGUCCCGCCCCGCCCAAGCGGCCCAGGCGUCUGUGUUGCUCGUGGUCUCCAGGACAGCGCCGGGGCGGGCGGGGGCGUGAGCAGCGGCUGCGGCGACGGCGGCGGCGGCGGCGGCGCGGGAGGACGCGGGGCCGCCGGGAUCGCGGCCGCCGAGGAGCGCCGGGCAGGUGACUGGCGGUGGCCUCCCGGAUCCGGCGUGGGCGGCGGGCCCAGGGAGGGAAACGCGAAGGGCUGACUGGGGUUGGAGAGGCCAGGAAACAACUGGAGCACGCCGGGGAGGAGCCGGCGCGAGAGCCUUCGGGACGGAGUGGGGAGCGACAAGGGGGCGAGGCUGCGCCAAGGGGCCGGGAGACCGCGAUCUCAGGAUUCGGCGUCCGGGCUCCCAGAGCAGUCCAGUUCCGGGUCAGUCAAGACCGGUCCCAGGCACCAGGCCCACCGACCUGUCACUUCCGGGACCUCCAAACGCCCCUUGUGGCGGGUCGUGUCCCUCAGGAACAAGCAAAGGUAAUGCCUUUACAAACUACAACUUUCGAUAUCAGCCAGCUGCUCCUAUCAAGAGUAUCCCCUGUUAAUUUUUUACAUUUUUCAAGAUGAGUAAAAGUAAACUAAUUCCCAAGCUCUCUAUUCAAUCUCCUGUUCAUCAUACCAACUUAAAUAUUCACCCACCUUUUAAGAAAGAAGACUUACAUCGGAUUUCAAAAGACUCCUUGGAAUCUGAUUCAGAAAGCCCCACUCAAGAGAUUAUGUCCCAGCCUGAGUUUGAUGAUAACGAUAUGGAGCCCGACAGCUUAGACGAGGAAAGCCUGCAUGAGGCAGAAGAAGAAGCAAGCGUAAAAGCAGCUCAGAUGGCUGGAGAGCAAAACCACCAUAGCUGGGACAAGGGCACCAAUAACAGGCAACAACCAAUAGAAGACAAAUAUUCAGACCUCCGCUAUGACCCCAACUGGAAGAGUAAAAAGGAGGAAGGGCAGCUGCUGCCUGUGGAAGCAUUGCCGGAAUCUACGGAUAGUUCUUUAGAAAAUCUGCCUUUGGUUCCCCUCUACCCUUCCAAGGAGACUUCAGUGGAACUCUCAGGGGAAAAGGGAGAGCAGAAAGAGAGUUCACAGAAUGAUGUAGCUUCUUUACUUGGUAGUGAGUUUUUAAGCCCAAGCUAUGAGCAUGGUGCCCGUCGCAGCAAGCCGUUUUCAGAGCUGAGCGACAGUGACCUGGAAGAGAAGUCCAGCAGCCUUUCUCAGUCCCUGAAGAGCUCAAGUUCACAUAACGAGGUUUUCCUGCCGGGAUCACGUGGCCCUCGGCGAAGGAAGUCCAAACAAUAUUUUGUGGAAAAAAACAAGCUGACUUUGGGAUUAUCCACUCCUAAAAUGGACUCUUAUCUUCAACUUCACAAUAAAAAAAGAGGGGAAACUCACCCAGAACAGAUCUCCUACCCCGUCAAAGCAACAGAAAAGACAUCUAUUCAGAAUGCCAAGGAAAUUGAAAAUGCUGCCAUCGAUCCUGAAGACAAAUGGCAUCAAAGAGCACAACAGCUAAAGAAUUACCAGGAACACUGGUCUCAAUAUGAAAGUACCAAAUCAAGCAAUGUACCAAGAGGGCAACCUUCUGAAACAGUGAAUGACCAUCAACCUUCCAGAAGACCAGCCAAGCCCAAGAUUCAAAAACUGCAUAAACACCAGAAUGGCCAGAAGUCUUCCACAAAGGAGGAGCUGAUUGCCAGUCAGGGGAGCCAGAAUAACUCUCCCAGGCAGCAACAAAACCAAAACAAGCCUCUUGAUACUUCAACAAAGCAUGAAUCGACUGUGAUUAUGCAUGCCUCUAACAACGACUUACAAGACUCAAGGGCACUUAGGAGCCAGAAUCUCAAAGAAACCUCUAAUACAUUUGCUCCACCAAAACAAGCUUUUGACAGGGUCUUAUAUAAAAACUCUACUGGGUAUGACUCCGGGCUGAAUGUUAAUGAAGAAAGAGGACACAAAGAACAAGAAGAAAAAAGAUUUUCAUAUCAGCAGCUAUACACCAACACCCUUUCUGAUAUGGAUUUGAACAACCUUAAUGAACUUUCUAAGAGACACGUGCUCCUAAGCCAGAAAGGCUCUCAGUUUGUUUAUCACAUAACUGUUCAUGGAUCAACUGAAAAUAAGAAACAACCCAAACAGCCUUACAAAGAGACAAAAUAUAAGAACUUAGAAAUGUUAUGGAAAUUCCAUUCUUCUUCUGACAGCCAGCCACUUAGAGCUUCUCCAGAUUCAUGGCUCACCCAGAUAAUGGAGCAGCAUCAGCAAGCCUUGGUGCAACUGGCCGACUUGCAGCCCAGUGAAGGGGCCUUACCCAGCAUCACGCUUCCACCUAUACUGUCAAGGGUAGAAAGUGAAUCCCAACUCAGUUCAGAGAGAAGUGAAAGAAACCAAGCGAAAAUUAGCCGUAGCAAUUCUGAAGGCUAUCUGUUUCAGCUGGAAAAGGGAAAAAAACAUAGGAAAAGAAGCCACAGUAAGAACACCAAGCUGAAAGGUUAUCAGAAAAGAGACGUGAAGCUUGGAGGCCUCGGACCCGACUUUGAGUCCCUCAGAGACAAAAUGCAAAAAUUACUACAGCAAAAGGAAUAUUCGAAACAAGUCAAGGAGUACAACAUGAAGACACUGUCCAUUCUGUCAAAACCACAAACAGCAAAAACUGAAAAUAAAUCUGCUGUCCCUCGGCAGAAGGCUUUGGAAUAUGCUAAGACCAUCCCCAAACCCAAACCAGCAAAUCCGACUCAUCAAGCAUCAAAGGAGCAACAAAAUCCAACCUAUGCUGGGAAAGAAGAAAGUUUACCUGGAAUCUCACUGCUGGAAAUACUGCAGAACAGACACGAAAGGGAAAAACAGGCUGUGGCUGCUUUCAAAGUCCUUCGCAUCGUGUAGAAAACAUUUGGUAGGAAGGAGACCAAAAAUGAUCCAGGAAUGGACACGGAGAAAAGAAACACCAACCACCUUCUCUGUGUUGAGAGUGAUAACCUACUAUUCCCAUCUAACUGCAGUCCAUGUUUGCUUUCUGAAGGAUUUAAAAUAUGGGUCCAUAUUUUACUUUCUAGGAAGAAAUUUUUAAAAAUUAUUUAUUUUCAAAUGAGUUAGAAAUUGGGGCUGAAUAAUAACUAGAGAAUAAAGCUUUUGGUUUUAUAUCGAUUUUUUAAUUUCUUAAUCUCUACCCCUUUCCUUAGCAUAAUGGAAACCUUAAAGUUACCAGAAAUAAAUCUAGCUGUGUUUCUCUCUUACCUUCCUAGAAAGAAAACCAAGUAUAAACACUUCAGUUUCUCCUAAAAUGGCCUCAGUCACCAGUAAAUUUUGUGAUAACAUUUCAAAAUAUUGCUAAAAUCUCCAAGUUUGGCAAAAGGUUUAUAUAUAAAGUUGAGGACGGGCACAGUGGCUCACACCUGUAAUUGCAGCACUUUGGGAAACUGAGGCAGGUGAAUUGCUUGAGGCCAGGAGUUUGAGACCAGCCUGGGCAACAUGGUGAAACCCCAUCUCUACUAAAAAUGCAAAAAUUAGCUGGGCAUGGUGGCGCAUGCAUAUACUUCCAGCUACCCGGGAGGCUGAGUCAUGAAUGAGAAUCACUUGAACUUGGGAGGUGGAGGUUUCAGUGAGCUGAGAUUGUGCCACUGCACUCCAGCCUGGGCAAUAGAGCGAGACUCUGUCUCAACAACAACAAAAAGUCUCCUUCCCUGACAGAUUCUCUGGUCAGGGUCACAGGGAUGCUAAGACAGCCGGCUGCCUGGGCCUUCGCUGACCAUGCUGUCCUGGGUGGCACUUUCUGCCAUUGCCACAGAGGCCCCCUCUCUGUAGAAUGCAGCCUUCCUAGUCCAGGGGUAUUGCAGGCAACAAGGACCUUUCACACAAGGCAGCCACUCCUUGCUCCUCUACCACCUCUUCCUUCCUUUUCCUGUGGGGGGAAAGUUCAUUUUGGGUUGAGCCCUGAAUAAUUCUUCCAGUUUCUUUAUCCCAAAACUGGUGAGGACCCUAUGUGCUCCAAACUGGGGCUGAUCUUGAAUGCUUUAUCCAAAGAAAUACAUAUGAUCACUCCAGAGACCUUCUCACCAUAUCAAUAGUAGGGUUACUUGUCUAUGUAAUUUAAAAAUAUGGUGCCUCUAUUGGAGAAUUUGCUCAUAAACUCAAUGAGCAAAACAUUGCUCAACUAGAAGAGGUGAAGCAGGCUUCAUCAAACAAAUCCAGGUUGCAAUUGAUUUGGAGAAGUCACAGCAGUCACUGGUUCACAAGUGCCAUCACCUUUUUGAUGUGCAGAGGAAUAACAUUGCUAUGGCUCUGGAGGUUACUUACUGGGAACAACUGCAAAGAGUGUAUAAGGAAGUAAAGAAUCGCCUGGACUAUCAUAUAUCUGUGCAGAACAUGACGCGCUGAAAGGGACAAGAGCACAUGAUAAAUUGGGUGGAGAAGCACAUGGUAAGGGCAUCUCUCCACAGCAGCUUUGGGACCUAAAGCUAUUGGAAAAGAAGGCUCACACAUGGCCAGUUAUGUAAAUGUAUCUAUCCCAAUUGAGACAGCCAUAAACAUUUGACUGGCUAGUGGAAACUAGUCUAUGUGGCAAAAUCUUUCUGGAUUGCUGUCUACUAAAGUAGUUUAUAUGUCCUAAAAAUGAAACCUUUGUUCAACAUACUGAGAGAACUCAAUCUGUUGGUCAGAUGUUUCUCAUCCUUCUGACUCUGCAUUUGAGUUGUUCCAUGAUUACUUUUUUUGUUGUUGGUUUUCUCAUUUUUGUUUCCAGAUGGAGUCUCGCUCUGUCACCCAGGCUGGAGUGCAGUGGCACGAUCUUGGCACACUGCAACCUCUGCCUCCUGGGUUCAAGUGAUUCUCCUGUCUCAGCCUCCCAAGUACCUGGGAUUACAGGUGUGCACUAUCAUGCCUGGCUAAUUUUUGCAUUUUUAGUAGAGACAGGGUUUUGCCAGCUUGACCAGGCUGGUUUCGAACUCCUGACCUCAGGUGAUUUAAUCACCUUGGCCUUCCAAAGUGUUUGGAUUACAGGCAUUAGCCACCAUGCCUGGCCUCAUGAUGGUUUUUGAAAAAGUAGUUUGCCUUGAUUAAAUGUUGGUGCCUGACUAAAGAUUACCAGGCUAUAGUUUAAAUUUGUAAUUUAUUCUACCAUCUUGCAAUAAAGUGACAAAUGAAUGAAGCAAUAAAUAAAUAAAUAAUAAAGUUGAAAAAAAUAAAGGUACCUCUGGCUAUGCCUGCUCAGAUAAAACAAAUCCCAGUGUUGCCCUAACAGAGCGUCAGGACAUUAGUUAGAAAUCUUUCAACAAGUCCAGAAACACCCAAUGCAGGCAACUCUGAGAGACACACUUUAUCAAAGCUCCUUACUCCAAGUACAUAAACUUGUUGGGCACUUUGCCAUCACAAAUAUCUUAAAAUAUUGUCAAAUGUGUGUUUUCACACAUACACAUACACAAACUAGAUAAGACAGAGCAUUCCAUAGUUUACUACUGAAUGCAAAUAUUAAUAAAUAUUUUUUUAAAAAUCUUUUUAAACAUUGCAAGAAUUCCCAGUCUUAAAAUAAUUACUGGAGGGCUUAAUUUUUUACUUUCUUUCUUAGACAUUACAUUUUUAGAUAGGCCUAUCCAGAAGUGAUAAUCUGAACAUCAACUUGGGCAAAUCUGUUUAUCUAUACAUGUGGUGUAAGGAGUAGCUUUGGAAAUUUACUCCUGUGUUGUAUACAUUUUACAUGUACCAGAAUAUAGUGUAAAAGGUGCCUAUACAAAACCUUCUCUUAAAACUGAAAGCAGUUAGGAUUGGGAGUCUGCAAAGAUAACAAGUAUCUGAAGAUGAACAGAAAACUGGUGAAUCAUGUUUCAGUGGGAUUUGGAAAGUGUAAUAUAUGAGGCAUUAGGCUUAGGAAAAUCACAGGCCAAAACUGCUCCUAAAAUAUAUUUGUAAGAGAACAGGCCCCUUCUGGAUAAAUGAAGACAUUUCUAGAAAUACGAGGUAGAAUAAAUAACUUUCAUUAAUGUUUUCCUAAAAAACUUGAACUUGAUCUGGAAGAGAAAAACAAUGCACAUAGAGACAUUCAUAUUUAAAGGAACAGGGUAAAAUUUUUAAAUAUUCGAUUUGUAUUAGAAUAUCUUAAAAGAAUUUAGAGCUUGGGAAGAGUUUCUCACAUUCAACUGCCAGUUUUUCAGAGGAGGAAAUGAAGGUCAAGAGAAAGGCUACAUGACUGAGAAGUCCAUCAGUCCUACUGAGGGUAACGGGAGGGUAGCCAGGGCUGAAUCUCCCAUCUUUCAACACUAGUAGUAGUACUGUUUAUUGGUCUAUGGAAGGAGGUUGUCUUGUUUCUUCUUGUAGACAAAGAACAUGUAGUUGUUAUGAAUUUCUAUUUUGGAUCUGAUUUUCUACCACGUUCAAUUUUUAGAAAUAUACAUUAGUAUGUACCUAAUAAUUUUUUAGCAGGUACAAUCUGCCAACUUCCUUACUACAUUGAUAAAUUAGAACACACAUAUAAAGCAACUCAAACCUAGAAACUGAUCAAUAAGAGACACUAUUUAUUUUCUUUUUUUUUUCCGGAACAUUUCACAAACUUCCCAUACUGUUUUUCUGUUAGCUUAAGCAUUGUUAAAUUCUUCCCUUUCACACCUACUGCCAAGAACCCACACUUAGCGAAGCAGCUUAAGUGACUCAGUUCAUGUCAAACGUUUCACAGGAUUCUUACUCCCAAGGCAACUCUUUACUAUCCAGUACAUAAGACUCUAGAACACUAAAAUUCUUUAUAUAGUGCCAUGUGGCAUCUAAAAUACCUUUGGCUAAGAAAUAAAACAUAUUUGAUGAAAGUCUGGGGUUGAAAUCAAAGAAUGGAUCAAAGUGGCCCUUCAUUUGGCUCCAAGUCAUCUCACCAUAGUGAAAUACAGCAGAAUGGCACUAAGCUACUGUAAUACCGAGGGGGGAGAUUUUGCAAAAACAGGGAGUAACAAACACGUUUUUGCUCCUACUUUAAAGUAAAUUGUACUAAUGACAACAAUAGUGAUCUUUUAUAGGCCCAAAUUGGAUCACUGAUCAAUAUGAUAGCAUUUCAGUUUCAAAUAUUGGAAAGCAAAAAAUAAUCUGCCAAUUAGAAAACAAAAAGCUUCAAACUUGAGUGAUGUAAUGAUGGAACACCUGUAUUUGACUAGACGUUAUAUACACACCAUUGAAAGACACAGUACCUUAUCUGCCUAAUCUCUACAAACUGCUGCAAAUAAAGGAUGUUUAAACCAUG